GCUGAACUUAUAUUUUAUACUUGCUGCGUGGAUGGCAGUUCAGUGUUCUAGGGUGAUUUGGGUUGUCAGAUCAGGUUGAUAUGUGCAAUGGUGCCAUGUGGAUGACCAUCUCAGCUAGAGGUAACAGUUGGUAUGAGCCUCAGCCAUCGUCAUGCCAACAUUUUUACUUUGGUCAGAUGAGCAUCCUGACCAACCGACCUCAGUGGUCAAAGCUUAGCCACACAACUUAUUUUAAACGCCUCAGGCAGAGGAAGCGUCAAUUUGAAAAUUUCAUUGUCACAGCAAUAGUCAAAUUGCGACAGCUUCUUUGCUUCCUGGUACAAAUGACAAUAAACUGGGGAAGACCAGUUGGGAAAGUUCAGGGGGUCCUUUUUCAUUUCCUCACCAACAGCGUUCUAUAAUUCCAAAAUCAUAUGUAUCUGUUGAUUCAGACUUGGAGUAAACCUUUGGGAGUCUUUAUCUGGAAGAAUAAUGUUUAUCUUGAAAGUCACUGUGGAUGCUAGCAGAUUUAUCUUGUUUUAAGGCGACAUUGUUGAAUAUUUUAUGAAACUUUGAAACUUUAGAGCUUGAUAACUUAAAUUCCUUUAUUGAGAAGAUCCUCCAUGUCAAAUCACCAAGAGAAUUAUAAAAUACGGAACAUACUUUAAUCUCCUCUUAA